GCUCUGUCAAUGCCGAAACUUGGAGCUGGCCGAAAUGUUUGAAUUCUCAUUUUUUGUAAUUGGGUCAGCACAAUAAGAAUUAUUUCAGAAAAUACAACCCCAAAAAAUACUUCAAUGCCGAACCAGAUGUCACGCCGCAGCAGCAGCCGCACAAGCAACAUGGUCGGGCAGCAGGAGAUGAGACCGGACUGCGGGCUCGCGCAGACCAAUAGUGCUGCCGGAAGCAGCAGCAGCAGCAGCGCGAGCAGCAGCAGCAGCAGCAGCAGCGCGAGCAGCAGCAGCAGCAGCAGUGGUAGCGGGAGUGGCAGCAGCAACAGCAGCGGCGGCGUUGAUAUAAUCAACGGCAGCAGCAGCGUGUCCAAGCUGCGACCCCUGGCCAGACUGGAUCGUCUGCUGCGCCGCUGGCUUCCGGGCUACAACUAUUUGCGUGGUGCUGGUGGCGGCAUUAUCGGCAGCAGCGGUGGUAGGCAAUCGCCUGGGACGGGUGCGGUGACGCCACCAUUGAAUGCUGUGGAACAGCAGCGGUCCGGGCGGCAGACACCGCUCACCGUUGAUCCACCGCUGACGGUCAGGAGGCGACGGGAUGGGGAAGUGUUAUUGGAUACGGGCAUUGCCAAAUCUGAGUUCUGCUUGAAGUUGGAAAAGCUGCUGCGGGCCAAGCUAAUUGUCAAGGAUUAGCGGCUAAACUCAGCAGCUGCAACAACAACAGCCAAGAGCACACACACACACACACACACACACACACACAUACA